CUGUGAAAACACUCAUACACCCACACUGAGCUGGCGAGGAGACCAUGUUCUGUCUGAGAGCUGUGUCUACUUUAGAUGAAGAAAGCAAGUGGUCAGUACAUUACACAGCGCCCUGGCAUCAGCAGGAGAAUGUGUUCCUGCCCGGAAGCAGACCACCCUGUGUGGAGGAGCUACACUGCCAGGCCAAGGUCAACCUGAAGACUGUUCUCAGAGAAUGUGACAAGCUGAGGAAAGAUGGCUUUCGUAGUUCCCAGUACUAUUCUCAAGGCCCAACAUUCUCCUCACCCCUGCUGUCUGAUGCUGAUCGACAACUGGACCAUGAUGAGACGGAGAAGAAAAAAAAGUCAUCAGAGACGUCAGCUGAAGAAGAGAAGCUGGUGUACUCCUUCAGGCCACAGACCCCUCUACUGGAUAACAUUAGUGAUAUAAACAACCAUAACAGCUGGAGUAAAUGUCUGCCCUUACCAACACCAGAGGAGAAGAUGAGGCAGCAAGCACAGUCUGUGACCACUGACAUCAUCCCCAUCAACAUCACAGGAGAAAACUUUGACCGGCAGGCAAGUUUUCGUCGUACCAUAAUUAACACUGACACUAUAAUACGGAGGUCAAAAAGGGUGAAACGAAGGAAGACAAUAACAGGGGUUCCAGACAACAUCAAAAGAGAAUUAGCAAACAAUGAACAAACUGGCAUCAGAGCUCAGCCUGUAUCCACCACCGGCCAGUACUCCACCCUUGGCCAUGCAGGGAGCAUUAACUCUUCCCUCAAGCAUUUAGUCACCCGUGACUCUGGCUGCCAGACAGAUGACAUAAAGAUUGUACCCCCUUCAAUGCGAAGAAUCCGUUCACAGAAGGGCCAAGGCAUUACUACUCAAAUGGCAAACAUGUCUCUCUCAUCUUCUGGUAGUAUCUCCAACAUGAGUGACUGCAAUGGUGCUAUCUGUACUCGUCCACUUAAUGCCAGUGACCAAGGUUUUCAUAGUCUGCCUCGUCAGGGUGCUCGAAUUUGUCUUCAAAAACUUGAACCCAGUUGCAGCAGUUCUCCAUACCUGAUGAUCUCUGGCUCCACAAGCUCCUUACCCUACCAGGUUACCAUGCAACAUGCCAGCCCAGACUCACAGCUCAUGUCUGAUUUAAGAAAAAAUACAUCAAUCAGUUCCGGGUCUGAUGAAUUUCAUGGUUUCCAGAACGAAUGCCAGAAGGCAACUUCAGACUCCAUGGGUUCCAUUCACAAUAGUAGCACAUCCUCCUUGAAUACUUUGCAAAAUGCCAGAAACUUUAGUUCUGUCCACUCAUCACAAAGCUUUGACACAAAAGAGGCCCCACUACAUUCUAUGUCAACUUGUCCCUCAGACCAGCCUUUCAGUAGUAGCGGUACCUCUUGUUCUGCUAGCUCCUCCUGCUGCCAGUCUCCAGCCUCCUUCCACAUGGCUACAGAGACUAAGUCUCAAUGUAGUACCCUUGAUGGAAGGAACUGCAGUCCCAGUGCUGUCUAUGAAGACUCUGACAUGUCAGAGAGCAGCAUUCAUAGUUGCAGCACACUGACCACUGACCACUGGAUGUAUAAACUUGCUCCAAUGGACCAGUGUACCUCAAGCUGUUCCUCCCCUAUAAAUAAUGCUUGUAAUAGUCUGGAAUAUUCACCCAAAAAGACAGACACCAGCUCAUUGUUUUCUGUUGAUACUGAGGGAUGCAAUAGCUCUAUGCAUUUAGCAUCAGAUUGUAAAUCAUACAGUCAUGGUUGCAUCAACAAAGCACGUAAUACAAGACAUAAAUUUUAUGAGUGCAAGGAGCACCACAGUAAUGAAGACCGUGCAAGUCUGCACAGUAAUCAUUCUCUAACCCGCAGCAUUUCCCUGCGGAAAGCCAAAAAGCCCCCACUACCUCCCAAAAGGACCGACUCAUUGCAACGCAAACCACAGCAAAAACCAUACCACAAUGAUAAGCUCCUUAAUGAGCAGCUGAUCUCCAGUCUCCAUGAAUCCCUGAAAAGUCACAGUGCCUCUUUCUCCAGCCAGAUGCCAUUCAGUGGAUUAGAGGACCCUUGGGUACUAGGUCCUAGAAGCCAAAGCACAGUUAGUGUAGCAAGCAGUGGAAUGUCCGCACCAGCUGCCAUGUGUCCAAUCACACCCACACACAGUGAUAGCAGCAGUCAACACUCAGAAUACACUGAGUCAUGGGACUUUGAGAUGAAUUUUCCCCACUCUUGCACUGAACAUGUACCAUCCUCUCAAAUUACGAGGCCUGUACUUAUCAAAGAGAAUUCAAGAGGCUCAGACAGUAAUGGAAUUCCAUUAACUGCUUGCAACAAGACUGGGAUAAAUUCCAAGAUGGCUGCAUCACCAGACAAAAUCCAACUUAUGACUUCACCAUCUAGUGGUUAUUCAAGUCAGUCCAUUACCCCAACUACAGGUACCCCAGUAAUAUCACUUCUGAGAGCCAAAUCUCCAGCAGGAAGGCCCAAACCAAAAGUUCCAGAGAGGAAGUCCUCACUUCUGUCCUCUGUUUCCUCUUACUCUACACCUCUGUCCUCAAACACAUCAGAUUCUGUCAAGAGCCUUCCAAUGCCUCCACCUCUACCUAAAACAUUGCCUGGUUUAGUAAGCCUUCAGUCUAGUUCAACUAGCCCUAUGCCCAGUUUUGUUAUGUCCAAUAUAUCCCCUAUCACACCAGUAUCGUCUCUUCUGGCUAUAAGCUCUACUCCUGAGAAAAAGCAAAAUUCUCCCCCAGUGUCAUCCCCAAUACCAGAGGAAUGUAAAACAUCCAUACACCUUUCUCCUGACUCUCCUUCUCCUACAUCAGAAGUCUCAUCUCCUCUGAUGCUGAAUGAAAAUAAAAUGAGCCCUCUACCACUCCCACCACCUCCUCCACUUCUUUCGUUAAGUGUUCACACCCAGCCUCUUACCCCACCUUUUCCUGGGACAGGUCUCAAUCAAGCAGUAACCAUUUUAAAAGCAUCAAAGUCUCCGAUAUCUUUGGAUACAAUGGAAAAUAGAAAAGAACUAAACUCUAGGCAAUCUGACAAACCUGCAAGACAUGAGAGGCCAGUAAUUACUGCCCAAGCUCUUCAGAGGGUACAGCUCAGACCAGUAAAACUUAUGAAAUUGGAAAAUAUUUUCACAGAUAUCAUUACAACAGUGUGUGGUCCAGAAAACCAAGAAAAUAACAAGGAGCCCAGAACUAGCACAGACAAAACUGUAGAAACAGAGACUGUCAAAAAUAUUUUGACACCUGACUCUGUCAAUCCACAUUUUCCAUCAAAGGAGUCCAUACCUACUACACUGGUCUCUAAUCCACCUUCUGUUUUACUUGAACCGGCCAGCAAUACUCAUUCUGGUGAGAGCAUUCUAGAGCUUUCACUUGACAUUGGACCUGUAAUUACAACUCCUGGCUCCUCCAAUGUUCUACAUUCCACAGCUACUCCAUGUACAUCUAAUGGUAUACUCCAAGAUCAGCUGACUCUAAUAUCACCUAAAAAGUCCAAUCACUCUCUGAAUAUGCCACCCAUUGUGCACCAACCUGCUUUGAAUGGUCUUGAGCAUCUUGAAGUUACUGACUCAGCAAUGUCUUUUGAGCCAGAAACCCAAAACAGUACAUCUCUGGCAGACACUGUUAAUCCACAUGAGAUUCCACUACAACUCGAGUUUGAGUUUGAAAGUGAUUCUCAGAAUUCUACUCCUGUGAGUCCAAGAAGACACUCACUCAGCAGUGAAAUCUCCUCAGACAGUCUGACUGACCCUCAACUCACUGGCCUCAGUCUCAGUGACCAAGACAUUGGAUUGUGUGAUACAGAUCUUGGACUGUGUGAUAAAGACCUUGUGCUAAGUGAUGAUAAAUGCAUUACAGAUGAUAGUUUAAGUAGCAGCUCAGGAUCCGUCAUCUUCAAAGAGGAAGAAAAUGAUGAAAAUGAUGCUGUAUUUGACUCUGGAACAGAUAGCUCCUCUCCAACUUUCAGCAGUACCGGAGAAGAUACUGAGGAAUUGCAGAUGCCUGCACGUCCACGUACUACUGAUGACCUAUUUGCAGCAAUCCACAGGUCAAAGAGGAAGGUUCUUGGGCGUUGUGAGUCUGAGGAAGAACGCUCCCGUGGUUUCAUUACCACGCCGCCCACCACACCCACAAGUUCCAGCCCCAGCAUGACUUGGAUGCCCCGUCAGAGCAGCCACAUCCACCGUAGGCUGCGCCAUUCCACCACCAGCAAUGACAGCUUCAAAGCUCUGCUCCUGAAGAAGGGCAGCCGCUCAGAGCCUGGUUUCCGCAUGUCUGCUAUGGAGAUGUUAAAAUGCACUGACCCUCGGCUACAGAGAUCCAAUGCAGAGGCCUCAUCUCCUUUUUCAGCUCAGUGCACCUCUCCAGGGAGAAGCAGGAGAGCAUCCGAGGAGUGGGCACGUACAGAGGGUGUCUUGCCUCGUUUUUCGCCCUCACUAACACACUCCAAAUAUGGGCGCUCCAGUACUCCACCUUGUGCUGCUAGCAGCCGCUAUAACUCCCGCAGUCGCAUCCCUAGUGGGCCCAUGACUGUGAUAUGUGAGAAGGAAGGUGAGCUCACUGAGUCAUCAGACUGCUGCAACAUUCCUUUCCCUGUUUCACUGUCCUCUAGUGGCACAGUGUGUGCUCAGGGCAGCACUUAGACCAAAGCUGUUCGAAGCAACCUAGAGAUACUUUUCACCAACUAACAACCAAAGCAAAUGGUUGUUCAUCAACUUCAGAGCAUUAAAUUCUUGCUCACUGCACACGCUUGUACUGGCCCGCUGUAGCCGAAGAGAGAUAUGGGAAAGGGGAAGUGGAUUCUACCACUUUAUUUUCAUUAUUCUCCAUAGGAAGCAUUUUAAAUUUCACAUGAAAUUUUAUACUGCCUCAAAAUAUUUCCUGAGGAUUACCCUUUUUCCAUAUGUCCAUCUGUCGUCUUUUUUUUUUUUGAAGGUUAGGAAAUGCAGGAUAAAUGUAAGUUUCCUUUUGGCAUGAUAAGAUGGAAGGGUUUAGCUGAAAUGAGAGAGGUUUUUAAUGGCUUGUUCUUGGUUAGUGCACCUAUCUUGACCCAAUCAAGCAUGUGCUAGAAAUAGCAGCACAUCCUACCAACACAAAUUACAAAUUAAAGAGGCUUGGGUCAAAAGUGAAAUGAUACAUUUGGGAGAGUCUAUGUUAAGAUGAGAACACAAAUAACUGUUAUAGUGAAGUUGCUGAGGAACGUAUAUGGAGAAGUGUAUAUAUGCGCGAUCAGAUAAAAUAAGAGUUUUCGGAGGUAUUUUGAAAGACCGAAUUCAACGAUGUAGAUUUGCACUACAUUUCAGAUGCUAAUUUCUAUUGUGUGCAACAAUUUUCAGUUUAUUUAAAAAAAAAUGUUUUAGAUGGGCACAUGUUCAACAAAUGCUUUAAUUUUUUUUUAAAAUAAAAAAAUUAAAGGUAAAAUAUCACUAAGCACACUAAUCUUCUGCAUUUUACCACUAUGAAAAGAAUACAGGUGCUAAAAGCUCAAUAUCAUAAAUGGUGCAUACUCAGACUGCUGAGGUUAAAACAAAUAUAUUGCUAGUACUGGACCUCAGUGAAAAUUUAUACACUUUUGUAUUAAUAUUGCUUCAGAGGUACUGUGUAGUAUGGAAACCUUGAAGUGCAAAACAAAUUGACGAAAACCAUAACAGGAUCAUAAAGAACACAAAUGCAAAAGAAACAACAAAGACAAUUCCAAAAGCAAUACAGAAUGCAAAAACGCUACAAAUUGAAUCCUCCAACAGCAAAUCCAGGAACAUAAGUGGAAAAAAAAAAAAAAACCUCACAAUGUUAAGUUUGUAAAGCAUUUUCAAAACCACAAAAGCAAAUUUAAAAACAUGAUAGUAAAUCAGAAGACGCCAGUAACAAUUCUGAAAACCAAAUUCAAGAGUUCUCAAACCAAACAACAACGGGAAAAUAAAAAAUAAAGCUUACUUGCUCAUCGCUGACUUGUGUGCAUUAAUAUGAGUGAUUAAAUAUGAGAGUAAAUCAUUUGGGCACUUUCUGAUGGAAUGCACUUUUUGGUAACCGCCGAUCUACUGUUUGAUCAUAUGGCUGUCACAUAUUCAAGUUUAGUAACUUCUUUAUUCUGGUCACAUCCACAACUAGGCUGUGUUUUUAGGAGGUGGGAGAAAACUGAAACUCCUGGAUGAAAAAAAAACAGCACAAGUGAAACUCCACACAGACAGUAAUCCACUUGAAGGAAAUAAGCACCAGUAUAGUAAGUGCAUUGACAGAAAUGCCCAAAUCUUUUACACUGAGAUUACUCUUCAGUUAGCUUUAAUAAUUUGAGAACUGACUGUUUUUUUCCCCCUGAAUAUUUGUUUACCGCUGUUUUAUGCAGUGGUAUUUCAUUGUUACUUUAUUUUGCACUUCAGGGCUUUCACAUUAGAGCCUUGUAUAUUCUAUUUUGUUCUAGUUCAAGGACACAGUUUACCUUAACUGUAAUAGUCAGAGUAGAGAAAUUAAAAUUGUUGGGGUGAAAUUUAUGACUACGUCUUUUCAC